GAGUUACAAUCAGCCAAUCAGAUCGCACCAUUCAUUACCGUCACCUGCUGUCACCUGCAGAGGGAAAAAGUAGCCUCAACCGGUACUUCCCACAGUCACAGCCAUGUCCCUCUGUGAUGACACACUCCUGUGUAACUUCCCAAAGUGCCGGACCAAGCUGAGCGGCUUCGCCUGGGUCACAGCGUGCUCACACGUUUUCUGUGAUCAGCACGGGUCCGGUGAGUUCAGCCGCUCUCCCGCCAUCUGCCCGGCCUGCUCCUCUGCGCUGUCUGGGAAGCUGGACAUUGUGAGGACGGAGCUGUCUCCCUCUGAGGAGUACAAAGCCAUGGUGCUGGCAGGUUUGCGACCAGACGUAGUUCUGGACAUCAGCGCCCGUGCUCUGGCCUUCUGGAGCUAUCAGGUCCAUCAGGAGCGUAUGUACCAGGAGUACAGUCUAUCACGGGCCGAGGCGCAGCUGAAGCAGAUGGAGAAGGUACUGACCCAGCAGAACCAGAGCAGAGAACUGGAGCUCACCGCCAUGAGAGGAGAAAUCGCUUCACUGAAAAAAGUGAUGGAGGAGUAUAAGAGGAAGUACAGUGAGGUGUCAGAGAGGCUGAUGGAGAGGAACAGGCAGUACCAGAAACUACAGGGGCUGUAUGACUCUCUGAGGCUGCGAAACAUGGUGGUGGGUGUUGGGGAAAGAGACACGCUGCCACAACCAGCACAUCACGACUACAGCACUGGGGUGGCUCGACAGGCGACUCCCCAGAGGAGCCCUCAGUUCCUCUCCCUGGGCUCCGAAGCAGACAGUCGGUUCUUCUCCUGCCUGGAGGCCGAUGGAGCCAAGACCUUCUUCCAGUUCAGCUCCCCUGCCAGGGAGAGAGGCCGGCCCUUCAUCAAGAAGCACUGAGAUGAGCAGGUUUCAUAGUGACUUUAACUUAAGUGAUAUUAUUCACUUCACCAAAUUGUUCAGGUUUAAUAUUAAUUCAGUUGGAGGUUUUUGGCCUAAGUGCAUUUUUGUACUAUUUAUUGUCAUUUUGAACCAUAGAUGUGUUUUUGGACCUUACUGGGCUAAAAUUGUAGUUGAACUUAGCUAUGAUAUCUUAGUCCUGUCUUUGUAUAUUUGUGUUUUAAGUCCUAUAAGAGUAGAAAAAAUACAACAUUGUCUUUUCACAGAGUACUGCCUACUUUAGUCUUCUUCAUUAUGUAGAUUAUGUCAGAUUUAUAAGACAUAACGCAUUCAGGGGGACACUACCAUAGAAGUAUGGCCUUUUUUUUCUUUCAGUAUUUUCAUAUGUGAAUAAUAUCUUAAAAAUAUAACAAGUGUAGGGUGACAGGGUCUCACUGUAACUGAAAAAGAGAAAAGGGACUGCUGGUUCUGUGCCAAAAAAUAUCACAAUACUCCAUACACAUUUUAAUAGCACUGAGAUCAUACAGUUCAGAAAUAGAUGCUACACUCUGCCACCAAAAGGUUGGUGGUGUUAUUGCCACAUCAGGUCUGCAUAAAGAAUAUCACAUUUCCUUCAUUUGUAUAGUGCAUUUGUGUUGUGUGUGUGUAAUGUGAAGUUUGUUACUGCACAACAAAAAACCAAAGUAGGUUGUUAACUGGUUGAUCUAGACCCAAGAAUGAAAAACAAAACCUUUAAGGCAAAAGUUUUUUUUUUGUUUUUUUAAGGAUAAACUGAAGUCAUCACAGGUUCAUUCCUU